AUUAUUUGUGAUAUUAUCGACGCGCCGUCCUUCCCGCCACCCUACGUGUCCCACUCAUAACUGCCAAGUUCCAAUACACGAAACGUGUAAGCCUCACAAGCAAACACGUGUACAUAGUUCGUAUGCAGUUACCUCCCAAUGUCUCUACCAGAACAGAUUAUCAGCGACUCAGUUAGGGUUCACCUCAACCUCAGCAGCUCUAAUGGCCAGCCCACUUCCGAGGUUUAAUCAACAGUCACGGUAAAUAACAUCAUUAAGCUUCUUUACAAAUAGUUGAGUAUUGGCUGUUUGAAGAUGCUGGGCGAAUGGCAUCAGUUUACAUCUCAUUCUAUCAAGACCCAUAUCUGGAUCUCCAUCUACCAGCUCUUAUCAUUGCUGGAUGCUGCAUAAGCAUAGCAUUGGUCCUCUCCCUUCUUCUCAUUCUCCAACAUCUCAAAUCAUACACCAAUCCUGCAGAACAAAAAUGGAUUAUUGCGGUUCUAUUCAUGGUUCCCGUCUAUGCUAGCGAUUCAUUCAUAGCCCUGUACAGCUCAAAAUUAUCGCUAGCAUGUGAUAUUUUGAGGGACUGCUAUGAGGCAUUUGCAUUAUAUUCCUUUGGGAGCUUCUUGGUUGCAUGUCUAGGCGGUGAAAGACGAGUCAUAGAACUACUUGAAGAUGAAUCCAAAAAACUGCUCAGCCAACCAUUACUAGAAGGUGAAGAGAAGAAACAGGGGUCACAACAAAAAUCACGUUGCAACUUCUUCACGCAACCAUGUUUGCUUGGAAAAGACUUGCUCGAUAUAGAAAAAUUCGGUCUUGUACAAUAUAUGAUUCUGAAGACACUCUGUGCAUUUUUAGCAUUUUUGCUGGAGCUUUUUGGUGUCUAUGGUGAUGGAGAAUUCAAGUGGUACUAUGGAUACCCUUACAUGGCUGUGGUGUUUAACUUCAGCCAGAUGUGGGCACUGUUUUGUCUAGUGCAGUUUUACAAUGUAACUCAUCAAAGGCUUAAACCAAUUAAACCACUGGGGAAGUUCAUCAGUUUUAAAGCUAUUGUGUUUGCAACUUGGUGGCAAGGAGUCGGAAUCGCAAUCUUGUGUGCACUCAGAGUUUUACCCAAGGAGGGAAAAUUCAAAAAUGGAUUGCAGAACUUCCUCAUUUGUAUAGAAAUGGCCAUUGCAGCUGUUGCUCACAUUUUUGUCUUCUCGGCAAAACCUUAUCAGUUCCUCCCAGCUUCACACUAUGGGAAGGUGACCGCUGAAACAACCAAGGCUGUGCUGAACUUGGAGGGUGAUAAGGAGAAACCAGCUGUGCUUGAGAAGACAGAAACCCAGAUUGAAGCUCCUGGAACAAGCGUCACUGAAAGUGUCCGAGACAUUGUUCUUGAGGGUGGUCAACAUGUUGUCAGGGAUGUUGCAUUGACCAUAAGCCAAGCAAUAGAACCUGUGGAGAAGGGUGUGACAAAGAUCCAGGAGACUUUCCACCACGUCACAGUGAGCCCAGAUGACAAGGAAGAAAAAUCAACUUUGGAAGUUGAGGAAAAAUUUGAAGAAAAUUAAUUCCCUUUGGGCAGAAGAGACCGCCUGUGCAAGCUGAGGAAAGUCUGAAGCCCAACUACUCUGCAAAGGGCAAGCCAUUGGGUUUUAUGGGUUUAUCGAGAGGGUGGUGUGGGGUAGUGAUUUUAAUAGGUAAAUUGCACUAUAUUUAAAGAAGAAAUAAGUGCACAACAACCAAGAGAAAGCAAAUGAAAUUCUUUUAUUAGAAGCUUUUUCAUUUAUAUUGUAAACAAUAUAUAUGAACAGAUAAUGCUAUUGAAAUUUUAACA